AUGUCUGACAAGAGGGAUUGUGAUAAGAAGAGUUGCUCUGCUCCAGAAGUGUCAGAUUUCAAGAAUGCUUUGAAGCAGUUCCAGGAACUAGUUGAAAAAACAGUAACCCAGAAGACAAAGAAGAGAUUAGGCUUGUCUAUUGAAGAUGAGGAUGAGAUAGACUAUGAUAAGUUUUAUAAAACCACAAAGACAAUUUUUGGUCUAGAAAUCAAGGAUCAUAACAUUAAGGCAUUUUUCACAAAGAUUAGCAGCAACCCUAAUGCAAGGACAGAAUGGUGUGAGAUUUUUGGCUGUUUCAUCGGAGAAAGUGAUGCCAUAUCUUCCCAGUUGGAAGAAGAAAACAUGGUUUUCCUUAUAUCUGAAAAACAGCAGAUUACUCAUGCAGUUGUCAAGAGACAAGAUGUGAUUAAGAGUAUAGUGAAGGUGCCCCAUCUGGAUUUCACAGUCAUAUCCUCUCAGAAAGGAGUGCUAACUAUUUUGAACAACCAGAUGAGAGUUCUGGCAACCACCAUUGUUGAGGAUACUGCUUGGAUCACUGGAUGUGAAUUCCUACCUCAGCUGAAAUGUGUUGUGGCUGUAACUGAAAGGACAAUCAUCGUCUGGGACUAUAAAUCAAAAGGGAGUCAGAAUAAUUGCUUUAUCAUCAAACCAAUGGAAAAUGCUCUGCUCUGUGUUUGCACGGUGACUAUGUCUGAUCGCUUGGCUAAGGAUAAUAUCCUAAUGGGAGAUGAUAAGGGUUAUGUUCACCUGCUUACUCUGACAAGUGAUCACUUUGGAUUGAAACAAUGCAAAGGCAAAAAAGAAUCACAAGUUCAGGUCUUGGACUCCAAAACUUUUAACUUUGUUAAACGCAAGCUACAUGAUGACUGGGCUGUGAAAGUCAAGUAUUUUUCUGAACUAAAUUGUUUUGGAUCCUGCUCCUCAGACAGCAUUCAUUCAUUUGUUUUGGAUGACAUAAAGCGACUAGGGGACAACUUACCUGUAAAGGAAUUUUCUGUCCCCAGAGGGGUCAAUGCCUUCACAUACUGUGCAAAAGCAAACGUCAUUGUCACCGGAGGUAAUGACAAACUCCUUCGUUUGUGGAAUCCCACUAUUAAUAGUAGACCUGCAGGGAAGCUAUCGGGACACCAACAUCGUAUUGUGGAAAUUGUGACAAAUGAAAAAGAUCAACAUGUCAUUAGCCUUUCCUCUGCAAAGAUUUUUAGAGUGUGGGAUAUCCGGACCCUUUCACUGCUGCAAGUCUUCCAUGAUAAUCAAGGUUGUCCUGGAGAGAUAGAGACCAUUGCCAUGGUAUUUGACAACGAUCGUGGCACGCUUAUCACCGGUUUGACUGUCAUUAAUAUUUAUUCCCUAACUCAUAUGAUACAAGCCACAAGACAGAUGCCACAGACACAUGAGAAAAGAAUCAAUGUUCUGGUUUACAACAGGGUUUUUCACCAGAUUCUCACUAUCUGCUCUGAGUCAAUACUAAAGGUCUGGGACCUAGAAACAGGAUAUCAAAUAUAUCAGAUUGAGGAUGCGCAUGGGCUGAAUAUUGAAGUGACCUGUGCAGCCAUUGAAACAAAUGGCUUUUGCCUUGCUACUGGGGCAUGUGAUGGAACUGUGAAAAUUUGGGAGUUUGAAAGUGGGCAGGAAGUUAAAGCCUUGCCUUUGGACCAGCACAGCAAAGAUGAGUGUCGUCUGCUGAAGAUAGUUUAUCUGAAGGCUGAUGAGAGUCAACAUGGACUUCUUGUUUUGGAGCAGAGUGGAAAGAUUAAAAUCAUUCAGGGUAACUCAGCUCAGUCAUAUCUGUAUGUCACAUGGAUGCUUCCUGAGUCUGUGUCAUUUCCACGAAGGAAUCCAGUUGUGUCUUUUUCAUUGAAACCUGACACUUUACAAACCCAUUUUUUUCCGGAUAUUCAGCUGCUGUCGGAGCCCGCUUCUCAGCAAGUGGAUACAGAGAAUUUUGUACCUUCUCUGGAAAUUAAGUGUUUUGAUGUUUUAAAAGUAGAAGGAUGCAGUUUGAUAGCUACAGGAAGUGCAAACGGUACAAUAAUUUUGUGGGAUUUUGAAUCUGCUUCUGUGAGAUGCCUGUGUAAAAUGAAUGAAGACAGCCAGGCUUCAGUUCUUCAAGCAUCUGGAGUCAAUGCCAUGCUAUUCCUUGUACCUAGUGCUUUCUUUUCCAGGAAAAUUAGUUCCAUGCCCUCUGCUGCUGCUGCUGUGAGGCACAGUUUCAGGGCCAUUCCAGAGCACAGGAGCAGUUCUUUCAACCUACAUAAGGAAAACGUAAAAAGUGAGGAUAUUAGUAUUCAAAUAACAACAGAAGACACAAGUAAGUAUAAGGAUAUCCAGUACUUGAAGAUAAGUGGAUCACCCAAAGCUGUAGCAGAACACUCACCAGUACUGGCGUCUGCUCAUGAAAAUGGCUGUAUCUGCCUAUGGAGUAUUCAGGGAAACUUAGUGAAAGAACUUUCGCCAUUUUCAAAAUAUCCUUCAGUUCCUCUGACAGCACUAUGUACAGACAUCUCCACUACAAUGCUUUUGGCAGGCAGUAGGGAGGGACAUAUUAUGCGCUGGAGCAUUGCCUCAUUCUUAGAAGAUCCAGAAAAUAGUAAAAAUCAAAUAAAGGAGGAGCUCUGCUGGAGGGCACACUCCACUGAAGUGGUUGACUUAUUUCAUGAAGAGGAGAAAAACGUGGUAGUGACAGCAUCUAUUGACGGUUCAGUCAGGCUCUGGCAUGCCAUGAACGGAUACUAUCUUGGUUACUUUGGACAACCCAGGAAGUUUGAAUUGUCAGAUAUCAGCCGGUUGAUUUUGCCUUGUGAUGUUUUUACCUUUCCUACUAUAAUUAAAGAGCAAAGCAAGCAUAUGGAAAAAAAUAAGAAGUUUGAAUAUCCCCUGAUGCUGGACAGGGACAAGUGGAACUCACCGAUCAGAUCACCUUCAGUUUUAAAAGAGCCUGAACAUGUGGACAAAAUUCAGGACUUUAGGUUUUUCCAAGCUCUGACUUCUCCAAAGAUUCAGAGACAACCUUUGGAAAGUUUUCAGUCUGGAAACAGAGAGGCUGGUGCAGUAUUUGGGUUUCUUCCUAUAUAUGAGCUUGAGAAGCCAGUUGAAGUGAGCGUGCCACAAAGUCUUCAGUGGAAGAAAGCUGAGACGUCCAGUCCCACUGGAUGGUCAAUGGAGACAGGUUUCAGUGGAGAAUAG